AUGGCUCCCACCAACAUCUCGGAGAGCAAGUUGUUCAAGCCGCUCAAGAUCGGCAAUGCCCAGCUCAACCACCGCAUAGCAAUGGCGCCGUUGACGCGGUACCGCAACGACACGAACCACGUGGCCAAGCCUUUCGUCCCAAGAUACUAUGGCGAGCGCGCCUCCACUCCCGGCACCCUGAUCAUCUCCGAGGCUACCGGCACGUCAAUGCAGGAGACUGGAGUGCGGCAAGGCCCGGCUUUCGUUACCGAUGAGCAAGUUGCUGCUUGGCGAAAGGUCAUCGCCGCGGUCCACGACAACAAGUCGGUGUGGUUCCAGCAGAUCUGGGCACAGGGACGUGCCGCCGAUCCCGAAUACCAGAAGGAGCGCGGUUACAAGUUCCGGUCAUCCAGCGCCGUCCCCAUGGAGCCUGGCGCUGCUGUCCCCGAAGCAAUGACAGAAGACGAGAUUCUGGGUGUUAUCCAGGACUUUGUAGACACGGCGAAGAGAGUUGUCGACGCCGGCGGCGACGGAGUCGAGAUCCACGGGGCACAUGGCUACCUUCUCGACCAGUUUCUGUCCGACUCAGUCAACCAACGAACCGACAGGUGGGGUGGUUCAAUCGAGAAUCGAUCCCGACUCCUCCUCGAGGUUGUCAAGGCAGUCGUUGAGGCCAUCGGCGCUGAGAGGGUGGCACUCCGGCUAUCCCCGUACGCCUCCUUCCAGGGUGCCGAGUCAUCGGACAUUCAUGGCCAGUAUUCCUACAUCAUCAAGGAACUCAAGAAGAUGAACGCUCCCUUUGCGUACUUGUCGUUGGUCGAGGCCCGUGGCGACCCUGCAAAGCUAUUGAGCCCCGACCUGGACUCGGGGGCUGAGCAAACGCUCGACUUCAUCCUCGACAUCUGGGACAACCUGUCGCCUGUGAUUGUGGCCGGAAAUUACAGCCCCGAGACUGCCUCUCGAGCACUGGAGGAGCACUACGCAAAGUGGGAUGUCAUUGUUGCUUUUGGAAGGAGCUUCCUCGCCAACCCUGACCUCGUAUGGCGCAUCAAGCACGGUGUGCCUCUUACGAAGUACCACCGGUUUUCGUUCUACAUCAAGGGCUCUGAGAUCGGCUACAACGACUACACUUUCAGCCAAGAAUACAUUGACGCGCGGAGAGAAUGGGGAGUGGCAAACCUGGAAUCGAAUGCCAAAUAA